AUGGACUCACGCAUCGGCCUGGAUUACAUUGUCGAAAAUCGUGAUUAUAUUUCGAAAUUAGGUACUGCAUUAGAUACCAACAAUGCCGUAGUUAAAAAACAAGUAUUCGAAUUACUAUCAGCGUUAUGUGCAUAUAAUGCCGAUGGUUAUACUCGUGCCAUAGAAACAUUAGAAUUUUAUAAGAAUCUCAAAAAUGAACGCUACCGUUUUAAAAUUGUCAUCAACGAAUUGGAAAAAGCAACGAACAUUGAAUAUCAGGUCGCCCUAUUGGCAUUCAUUAAUUGUGUGAUAAUAUCGGCGGCAUCAUUGCAAGAUCGAAUACGAAUACGCAAUGAAUUUAUAGGUUUAAAAGUUCUUCCUCUGUUAAAUAAUUUAAGAAAAGUUGCACAAAGUGUAGGAGAUAUUAUUGUACAAUUGGACGUAUUCGACGAGCAGAGAGAAUGCGACGAAGCCCAAAGCCUACAAGGCCCAAAUGGCAUCAAUCUAAACUCACAUCUUGACGUCUUCUAUGCAAUAUUGAGACAGGUAU